UAAUCUAGUCACACUGCCAAAACGAAAAACAAAGUAAUAGAUUUUUUGUAGUAACAUUUGCACUUAAUCAAAGCAAUAAACAUCAAUAAAAAUCUAACAACUGGCGCAAAAAAUUGUGUGCACCGAAUCAGGCAUUGUCGGAGUAAGCGCAAGAUAAGCAAAAAUGGCAACGCUACCGCCGCGUAAGAACCAAACGCCAACGCGAAUCUGCAGCAGCAUGAAACCGCACCUGACCCCGCUCCAAACAUUACUCCAAAUGGGCUUCCAAAAGCACAGAGCGUAGAAAAAAGCUUUGGCUUCGACGGGUAAUCGGGGCGUGCAAAUUGCAUCGGACUGGCUGUUGGCGCACGUCAACGAUGCCACCUUGGACGAAUGCGCACCACGAGAGUACAUCAUCUACGCGUGUCCCACGGGACCAUUUCUGCAGCAGCUCGAGGAAUUCUGGGCGAAGUCGCGUCAAAUGUGCGGCUGGAAUGGCGCCCACAAUUAUGUGCCGCAUAUAACGCUGGUGUCGUUCUUCAAGGCGCCCGAUGAAUGCUCGCUGCAGCUGUCGAAGGCUCUGAAGCAAGUGGUGGACAUGACGGGCGCUUUGUUGGAUCGCCCCAUCAAGCUGGAGCCGUAUAUGAGCCAGAACUUUAUGGGCUUCUUUGUGGCCGAAGAUGAUGCGAACUAUUUGAAGCGACUGGCUUUGCAAUAUGUCAAGGAGGUGUCCAAUUCAAUUAUAAGCGACACUUAUGAGCAGCUGGAUGCUAUUGUCGCCUGCUUCCCUUGGUGCGGCGCCGUCUCCUCGGGCACUCGCUGCAUUCCACGCAGCAGUCGAUCGAUCUCACUCGAGCCACACGUUAAGAGUCUGCACCUGACGCUCGCCUAUCAGUUCCCGCAGGCACAAUUCAAUGCACUGAAAUCACUUGUGGAAACUCUCGACGCCAGCUGCGCAUCCAAUUGGGAGCUGCGUCUCUAUUCCCGCGAUCCACGACUCGCCACCAAACAAGUCAAAAAAGUGGUCUAUCCACACAAUCCACACGAGACGGAUGAGCUGGAGUUGCGCAUCGGCGACUACAUCUACUUGAACAGCGAGGGCGUCGAUAGCUCCAGCGACGGUUGGGCCGAGGGCAUCUCCUGGCUCACAGGCAGCACCGGACACUUGCCUGUCAACUACACCGAACGCACUGCGGAAUCGGAUGCUUGGACACUGCAUCGUGUAGUCCAACUGUCGAAGAGCGUGGCAUCAUCGCUCAACUCUGCCGAGGAUCUGGAUAUUGUGGACGGACGCAGCAUCUCCACAGAGCCCGAGGAGCGUCAACGCACUCAGCAUCCCGAGAUCAUUGAAGGCUCGUCAUUCGAGGAGUCGGAGCAGAGCGUCGAGAAGUAUUUGCGACAGACACUGCAGCCCUGCUUGGAGUUGCCAUCACUCCAGCUGCAGCUCAACAGCCACAACUUGUCGCAUCAACACAAUCCGCAUACGCCAACCAUUGAGAUUACCACCAACAUGUCUUCGUUGUCCACAUCGCACUCGGCGUCCAAGAACGUCGAUGAGAUUAUGGUGGAGCCACCGGUCAUGCAGCCACCCAGGCCCGACGAUACGUUGAGCGUGCACUCGGCAGAGCAGGAGCACGUCUCGCAGCCAACGAGCUCCACGCCGAAUCGCAAGGUGUACAUUAUGCGACAUGGCGAGCGCGUUGACUUCACCUUUGGCACUUGGAUCCCGUACUGUUUCGAUGAGUUUGGCAGCUACAUGCGCAAGGAUCUGAACAUGCCCAAGGUGCUGCCACAACGCAAGCACAGUCCCGAGGGCUGGCAGAACGAUUCGCCGCUCACCAAUGUAGGACUCUAUCAAGCACGGCUCACGGGCGAAGCGUUGCACGAGGCGCAGGUGCAGAUUGAUCAUGUCUACUGUUCGCCUUCGUAUCGUUGUGUGCAGACUUGCACCAGCGCCUUGGAGGGUCUUCAACUCAAUGGCAAGCACAAGAUUAAGCUGGAACCCGGACUCUUUGAGUGGAUGGCCUGGUAUCCCAAUGGUGUGCCCGAUUUCUUGACCAGCAGCGAGUUGACCGAGGCCAAGUACGACAUUGAUUUGAGCUACACGCCUGUGCAGCAGACGAGCGAGUUGACAGCACAGCUCAAGGAGUCCACAGAACAGUUUUACACGCGCAAUCACGAAGUGCUGUUGCAGCUGCUGGAACGAACCACUGGCAAUCUGCUGAUUGUGGCACAUGCCACCACGCUGGACACGUGCUCACGCCAGUUGACGGGGGGCGUGGCUCGGAACACCAACGAACUGCGUCAGGUGAUACACAAGAUACCCUAUUGCAGUCUAGUCACUGUGGAGCAGCAGCUCGAUGGCGUCUGGAAGCUGGUGGAGCCCGAGUGCUUGCCGGUGACCCAUUCGAAAAAUCCGCGCUUCGAGUGGAAUGCUCUAUCGACCACCUAGUGCCCGUGCUUGGAGCAGUUUCUCUGCACGCAUUGAGACUGAGCGCUUCACGACACUUGACUUUGACCAAAACACACGGACAGAGAGGAAGAGAGAGAGAGAGAAUCACACACAUCGGCAACAUAUUCCCUUCAAUACGUAAAUUGUUAAGUUUAUGCUAAAGAAUGCUUGUUUAAGUUAUUAAUUUUGUAGUUGGUUGAGUUUCCCCCUUUUUUGCGCUUUAAACACAAACACAUAAUAAGUGGAUCACAGCUUAUUUCAACCAUUACCAACGAACAACUUUAAAUCAUUAUACUGCAAUUCUCAGCGAAAUACGACAACGUUACCCAACACUAAUGAAACACAGAAACAUUCACAUUGUUCUCAAACAAAUUUUAAACAUCUAAUUGAACAUUUAAAUUUGCUGUUGCGAAAGAAACUAAGGUAUUGAAUUUAUUUAAACGCAAAAGUUUAGUUGAAUGUCCGUUGUUGGUGGUCGAAAUAAGCUCUGAUCCACUGUAAAUAUGAUGGUUAAAUAUUUAGGCAUAAUAUGAUGAAUUAACUGCUGAAGUUUUCAUACGUUUUAUAUAUGAAAGAAAUGAUUAACGCAAUUAACGCAAUACAAUAAAUACCAUGUAUACAAUAUAUAUAUUAAAUAACAAAAACAAAAAUUAUAGUUAGCAAUUAAUGUUAAGCGACUUGUUAUGCUUUAGCUUGGCCCGUUGGCGUCCCAUAUUAAUUUAGUAAUGAAUUCCAUUGAUUGCGCCUACUUUUCAUUGGCCUUAGCGUAGUUCUAGCGCAUUUUUCCACAAGCAAAAUACAUAUUAUAUAUAUCUUAUAAACCCAGAGGCAUAAUCGUACUGUAGUUUCUAUAUCAGACUUUAUAUAGAGUGGCAAUUAUAUUGGCCCGAUCGUAGUUAAUAAGCGACAAACAUUGUAACGCACAACACACACACACAUAAAUUUAAAAGACAACAACAAUAAAUUUAUAUACAUACAUAUACAAAACAUAUAUGAGAAGAUGUCGGGAGAUCAAAUCGAUUGGAUUUAUGUUGCGGCUCUGCAGAAAAAAGCCGACGUUUUCAUUUUAUUUAUUGCGCAUUGAAUUAGUAAUUUUUAAAACUAUGAAAUAUAUUUAUAUAAUUGUUGAACUAUUUAAUUGAAUUAUUUUAUUUUCUUUUUUUGUUUUGUUUUUUUCUUUCUUUUUUGUAUUGGUAGUUGUAAUAUUUAUACAUACACAUGCAAUUAUAUGUACUUGUUGUUUAGUUAAUCAUAUUUCUUCACUUCUCUCUUCUUCAUUUAUUGUUUUGUUUAAAGAACUUAAAAUACAAAUAUUUGUUUUGAAUUUGAAAUGAAUCGUUUUAUAGAGUAAUAUGCAUUAAAACAUUAUCUCAAGUGAACGUUAAGUAGUUUAAGCAUUUCUCUUCAUCUCCGUGUAUAUAAUCAUAAAAAGUACUUUAAAAUUCUCGCUCACCACGCUUCUUCUUCGGAAAUGUGUGGCAAACGCGUCAUAAGACAAAGAAAGAAUACAAUAUAUUUGUUGUAUUUGUUGAAAUCAAAAUCUCCGGGGCAACGAUGCGAUCUCAGGUGAAGGGAAAACUGCCGCCGCCGCUGCUACUGACGCUGCUGCCAAAGAAUCCCAUGCCCUGGCUCAACUGCAGGCCCAGCAAGAGCAGCAGCAGGACGAACACAACGCUUGCCCGCAGCCAGGAUCAUUGCUCCUCCUCAUCCUCCUCCUGCGACUGUUAGCACUGCACCUUGCCGUACUGCUGAGCGCCGCCGCGUCGCUCCAAGUGCUCGCGAUACUCCUUGUAGUGCAUCUGGAUCUCCUGCGAGCGAUAGCGUGUCAACUUGAUCGACUUGCGCAGCUCCUGGGUGAUCACAGCACCGCGAUAGCCGCCCUUGCGCAACAGCGAAUCAAUCGUCUGCAACUGAUCCCAGCCCUGUUCGGUGGCCACUUGCGGCAAAUAGGUGGCUGUGCGCUUCAGGCCGCGCUCGGUCAAGAACUCAAUGCGUAUGCCAUGCACACCCAGCUGCCAGUCCAGAUGUCCCUGGGCCUCUUCGAA